AUGUUCGGUAACGCGGUGCAAGCAAGUAACUGCGGUGAAUGGUCGACAUGGGGUCCAUGUAUUUGGUUGAAAGGUAAAAAUCCGAGGUGGAAUCGCAGCUAUUUCAAUCAAUUAUUGCCUGGUCGUAACGGUUGUCGAGAUCAUAUAUUCUUUAAACUUUUACGUGAACGAUGGGGAAUCGUAAGUGCUUUCUUCGCUUUUUCCAUUAUUUUUGCCCAUCCUUAUUAUUAG